AUAGUGUUUAUAAAAUAUUUAGUAAAGGUAGAUAGUAUUAGUGACCCCAGAGCUGGUGCUUUUCUCGCUCAACGAAUAAGAAUCGCUUUACAGCGAGGAAAGUCUACCAGCGUUAAAGAUGGCUGGUAAACUAGUUGUGUUCUGUUGCUGUGUUUUGGUCGCGGUAUUCGCGGAGAAGUACACCGAUAAAUAUGACAACAUCAACUUGCAAGAAAUUUUGGAGAAUGGUCGGUUGUUCCACGCUUAUAUCAACUGUCUCUUGGAUAAAGGAAAGUGCAGCCCUGAAGGAAAGGAAUUGAGAGACCACAUCCAAGACGCGCUCGAAACAGGGUGUUCCAAAUGCACUGAGGCUCAAGAGAAAGGAACGUACACCAUAAUUGAGCACCUCAUCAACAAGGAGAAGGAGAUUUGGGAAGAGCUCUGUGCCAAAUACGAUGCUGAAGGGAAAUACAGGAAGAAGUACGAGGAACGCGCGAAGUCUGCCGGCUUAACCGUUUAAAAGAUUACUUGACCCGAUUUUGUUUUAUUUUUCAAAAUAAAUGGUUGGAUUUGCA